AAAUUAUAAAUUGAAUUUUCGUCGCGUUAGUCGUAUUACACACAGCGCGAAUCGAUAGACUAAAGUAAAAUGUCUAAGACCAUUGAUUUCAACAAAUUGAAAGAUGGCAUCAUCGACGCAGGCACAGAACUUGUAUCGAAGAUAAUUAAAGAUGCAACUGAUGGUGCUGUGACUGUACAAUCAAUCGUAAAUGGUCAAAUUAAAGUCGAUGCUAAUGCAUAUGUUGACAAGGCAGUCUCUCUCCUGAACGAUAAAUUGGAAAGCAAUAAUUUGGAUACGUCCGAACUUCCAGAUGUGGACGUUAAUUUUGAACAUAAUGUUGCAUGCGGAAUCAUUAUACCUGGUACCGCAGACAUACAGGACGGCAGUAUCAGUGGAUUAGCUAAUUUUUGUCGAACUGGCGAUUCGGAACUAAACAUUAAUGCAUUAAGUAGUCCCAUGAUUUCGGCCCGUGCACGAAUUGGAAUACGAAACACCAACGUAGAAUACUCAGGAAAGGUCACAUUAAUGUGUUUCGGUCCUCAAUUCAAAAUCAUGGGCAUAUUAGCCGAUAUUUCACUUGAUAUUGACCUUGUAGUAGAAAAAAACUUGGUCGUGACUGUGAAUAAGUUUGGAGUUUCAAGUGACGGUGAUUUAAAAUUACAAUUUCAAAAUCUUGAUAACUUUGACUAUCUACCGGAAAAGAUAUCGCAGGAGUUAAAAACUGGUAUUAAGAAGACCGUGCUGGAAUACUUGGAAAAUUCGAUGAGAGAACGAUUGGAAACUGUAAUUUCGUCACUGCCAUUGACGGCAUGAAAUUUGUGAAUAGUAUUUUACAUUACUAGGGAUAAAAAGUUAUGUAA